AUGCCGAGUUCCUGUGACAAAUCCCCCGAGGUGACACAAGAGGAUAUGGCCUGCACUGUUCUUAAAAGGUUUGUUGACGUCCCAGAGCAGACCUAUGAAGACUUCCUAACAACAUUCACCCAUCUUCCUCAAGAGAGACGAGAUUGCCCGAUCCAGACUGAUGACUCACAAAAUCAUUGUUCCGCUUUUGAGAACACACCAGCUAGGAGAAGGUCCGAAGACGUCGCUGAUAGAGGUGAAGUGGAGGAACUGGAGCAGCUGGUUAUCAGUGAAGGAGAAACCGUAGGAUGUUGUCACAGCCUUAUGCGUUCAGGAAGGGUCCAGGUUGAUAAUUUUCUCAGUUCCUCUGAUCUGGACGCAAAUUCUGAUGACGAGGACACAAGGCCGCAUCUGCUAUUAUAUCCAGGAGAAGCAGAGACUAAACUGGCCCUUGAAGUUGCGCCCGUCAUAAGAAGUACAAGUUUGGACAUCCAGACGUCCUUCAGGCAGCAGCCUACACCCGAUGAGCAUCUAGACGAUGAGAUCCAGCCGUUCGCUCUGGACCGAAGCUUUGAUUAUGACUGCGUGGCGCUGACCCCGAAAAUUUCCGCGGCGGAGCUGGACUUCUUGAAAGACAGGGGGCAUCAAAAGACAGAAGUCAAAGACACAGAAGAGCAAAACCUGACGGCUUCAUAACGGAUUUCUGCUUCAGAGGGAAAAGCAGGAUGUU